AAGCGCGAAUCGUUGAACCGAGCGAAACAUGAGUGUCGAUCUGGCGCUCAACUGGAUGUCAGUCCAAAGCGCGAAUCUGCGCCUUCUUAUCGAUGUGGUGCUGCUGGGCGGAAUACUCGCACUGGGUAAGAACUUCCGCCGUAUUUGGGGACGCCCAACACAACGUGGCUUCUUCUGCGAUGACGAGUCGUUGAUGUAUCCCUACAAGGAGAACACUGUAACAUCCGCGAUGCUUCACUGGACAAGUUUCAACCUGCCCCUAGCCGCACUUGUAAUCCUCGAGAGCUAUCGGUGCUGGAGGCGAUCUGGAGCAGGCUCACGCUGGGUUAAGUUCUGGCCAGUUUACAACACAGUGCGCUGGUUUCUCUUUGGACAUGUGGCGGAGCAGUUUAUCAAGGACAUGGGCAAGCAGUUGAUUGGCCGGCUGCGUCCUCACUUCCUUGCAAUAUGUCGACCACUGUUUCCGGAUGGCAGCUCUUGUAAUGAUUCAGGACCUGGUCAGAGUCAUGUCUACCACAUCGACUACACCUGCCAGUCGAAGCUCUCGGGUGCCACUGAGGAGAUGAUUCGCGAUGUCCAUGUCUCCUUUCCGAGCGGCCACUCGGCGAUGGCCUUCUACGGACUCAUCUUUAUGGUUCUCUAUUUACAACGUAUCCGUUGGCCAACGCCGUCCACUUUGCUGCGGCCCUUGUGCCAGCUGAUGCUCGUCGGACUCGCCACAUUUAUCGGCCUGAGUCGUGUCACGGAUUACAAACACCAUUGGUCGGAUGUUCUGGCCGGUUCGCUGCUGGGCGCCUCCAUUGCCCUUGCGGUCUUCUGUGGGGCGGAGAAGGAGCUCCAAUUGCAUCUACAUGCAAAUGCAAGUGGACCUCAAACAGUUGUCCCUUCAGCUUCUGCUGUUGUGGCAAAAACCGAUGGGGAACUUGCAACCGGAGUCGAACAGCUGCCACAUGAUUUGUGCUUAGUUACAUGCCACAGUUCUAAUUAGUUUCAGUUGCGUUUUAGCUUUAAGCCCUUAUGAUAAGUGAACUAAUUAUUAAAUACAUACAAACAAAAAA